AUGAAAGGCUUCAGUGUAUCAGGCGUAAGUGUCACGCUCGGUUCUUUUAAACUGGCUAAAAGAUUGGUCCGCUCUGGUAAUGUGAUGCUUGACCUUACAAAAAAAGACUGUGGCAUGAACGAUUUGCAAGACCAGAACUGUGGAGGCGUUCAGGGAGUACUUGUUGGGAUAUGCGAUAGUACAAAUCCCGACUUGGUUUAUCGAUACGUGAUAAUUAACACAGUAAUUGCGGCUAAUGAAGCAGCGAAAAAUAUUAGUCUAGUUAUAGAAUUUGCACCUGAUAAUACUAAGGUAUUCCAUGCACUGCGAUUCUGUGUCGAAACGAUGAUAAGGUUGCGGGCCUAUCUUGCACGAGUUACUUCUGGCGAAGCACAUAAGAACCUCCAGCACUUGGAAGCGUGGAAUGCUAGCGACCGGUUGCGAGUUUAA